ACACAUGAGAGAGAGAGAAACAUGAAAAAGAUAUAUAUUGGGAAAACAGCACUAAAAAACUCCAGAAAUGGGUGUAAGCAUCAAAAGAAGAGUUCUCUCCAGGAGCAGAAAGAGGACUUGCGGAAGCGGCUCUCCUACACCACCCGCAAGCUGGAGCUGCUGGAGACAGAGUUCGACUCCACGCGGCAGUACCUGGAGACAGAGCUACGGCGAGCUCAGGAGGAGCUUGAGAAGUUCACUGACAAACUGCGCCGAAUACAGAGUGGCUACUCAGCACUGCAAAGGAUCAAUCAGGACCUGGAAGAGAGGAUCCAGAGGACGUCUCAGCACCAUGACGAUGAGAGGAGAGCCCUGAGCAGAGAGAUCAUCGUCCUCAACAACCAUCUCCUGGAAGCCAAGAUGGCCAUUGAGAAACUCAGAGAGGACAACGACCUGUACAGGAAGGAUUGCAACCUGGCUGCCCAGCUCCUUCUGUGCAGCAAACCCCACCACAGAGCCCUCAAGCUGUCUGACCUGCCUGCUGAUUUUCAGGAGCGUCUGAGUUUGCACAUGGAGACGGCGGACCUCUGCCACUCACCCUACUCAGACUCCCCCACCACCAUCAUCGGCAAUGUCCUGGAGAAGCCGGAUCCCGGGAGCAGCCUGGCGUCCCGCUGCCCCAGCCCGCAGCCCCAGGACGCUCAGUUCCCCCUCAGCAGCCCGGGCGGGGGCGAGACCCUGACCCGCCGGGCGGCGUACCGCUGGUCAGACCUGUACUGCAGUGACACUGCGCUCUACUGCCCCGACGAGCGGCCGCGGCAACGGAGGCAGAGCGUGGACCUGCAUGGCCACCCCCCGCUGGGCCUGCUCUGGGCCCAGAACUCCACCGACAGCAACGCGGAGGAAGAGGCCGCCCAAGCCAGCCCCUCCCAGGAGCACUUCGCCGAGUUCGCAGAGUUCACGGAGUUUGUCACCUCCCUGCAGGCCUCCAGCUCGUACUCCAGCUUCAGCGGGGCGUCAGAAGAGAAGGCGGUGCACUCGCCCCCCUCCACGCCCCACCACCAGGCCCUCUAUGCCAAUUGGCGGGACAGCGACUACGAGCGCAAGAGCGACUCCUCCUACGAGCAGGAGAGCCCCGGUUUCGCUGAGCCUCACGUGUUCCAGCAGGGGGCCCACGUGGGCCACCAGAACGGCGACUCCGGGCCGGUCUACGCCCGCGCGCCUUCCUGCUUCAGCGAGCCUUACCACUCGCCCCGCCAGACCCCCGCCCAUGGCGUGGGCUCCCCCCAGCUCUACCGGGAGGUCCAGGAGGAGGAGCCCUGCGGCCGCUGGAGACGGUUGAGCGUGGAGGACAUCAGCCCCUGCUCCUACCGCAGCCCCGGGAGAGUCUCACCCUACAGCUUCUCCGAGCAGCACUUUGCCAUGCGGCCCGCCAAGAUCAAGCUCGGCCCACUUUACAGCAGCUUCCAGGAGGGGGCCGACAUCUACUGCAGCGGGGGUGUCCUGGACCCCCGUUUCAUCGUGCAGAGCCGUAGUCACAGCGCCAGCCCCAGCCCUGAGAGGGACCCCGGUGGCCUCUGCACCCAGGAUGGUAUCCCCAUGUACCUGGCCAAAGAAGACAGCCAGGAGUCGGAGCAUAGCCUCCUCUUCCAGUCCGGCAGUUCCCGGGACAAGGAGAGUCGUCCGGGCAGCGCCAAGAAGGAGUAUGUGGACAUCAGCCCCAACAGCUCUGCCGAAUCCCUCAACCAGAACUCCCUGGAGCCCCUUGAGCUGCAGGACUAUCAGAGCCCAGCCCCGCUGAGCAAGACCCCACCCCCCUACCAGGCACUCGGCACCCUGGGACUUACGAGAAAGGACAGCCUUACCAAAGCACAGCUCUACGGGACACUGCUGAACUGAAAGGGUCCCUUCUUCUAUUCCAAUUUUCGUUGUUUUCUAACAUUUUUAGGUUGAAUGUUGUGCAACUUUAAAGCCAGAAGGAGGAGGCUGAAAUGAGUGGCUACAAAACAGUGUGCUUGGAUCCAAGGCCUUGAAUUUUCUGUGUGAAUUCAGUCAGUAGUACAUGAGUCAGAGGACUCUGUGACUUCACCCAGUUAAAGCAGGAGUUCUGUUCAGCUCCAGCUGUUUUUUUAGAUAAGUGGCAGCAACAAAAAGACUAGUUUUUGGCAAGUCUGAGAGUAGACCUUUCUAUUUCACAGCACUGCACAGUGAGCUCAUAUUAAAAAAAUCUUCAAGAAUUCAUUUAAUUUAUGUCUAUUUCUUUUACCCUGGUUUGAAAAGAAAAUAAUGUAAUUUCCCUUUUGGGUACUUCCAAAGCAAUAACUUGCUGUAACACCAGUAAAGAUAUGAGCAACAAACAACCAGGCAUAGGCAUAUUGACAGACAGACUUAAAGUUAGCAGAUGAAUCAAUAGUAUAUGUACCUAUUAAAGUAUGCAUACAUGCAGUACAGUUAUAUGAGGAACAAGCUGAAAAAAAUAAUGGUAGACUCUGCUCUUCCCUCAGUUUGAUGUUUUGAAGUAUUUGUGUACAUGCCCCAGUAACAGUCGAUUAUUACAAAAUGUGUUGAAUGAAUCAAGUGGGAAAUAUGGUGAGGGUCCUGGCACACAGUUCAUGCUGUCCCUGAGGAGGGGUAACUGUUUUGAACAGAAAAUAUGUUGGCCUCUAUCAACCCUAGUGUGUAUUUUUCUAGCGUUAUUUUAGCUUUUAGCCUUUUCAGUGGUCAUGGGCGUGUAAGUCAAGUGCGUGUGCUGUCUGUUGGCGGAUGCAGCAGCCCAUGUAUUUGCAGUCACAGGUUUACAAUGAAUUCAGGGGCUUCCCUAAGUUUAAUGUGUUGCAUUACAAAAGGACAUCCAAGUUGGCUACACUGAGCUGACCAAGUUAGCCACCUUGUUCCAACAAUUUUUAUCCAUCUUUAAAGUUGAUAAUCAUAAAAGCUCUUAAAGGGCAUGCUGGGUUGUUCUCAGAAAAGCCAAGAAAAUAUGCACUUUCAGCUGCUGAAUGACUCCUCCUGUUAAGACACUGCUCAAUUAUGUGUAUGUGCCAACAUGGCCUGGUAUUGAUGCUUCACUGUCCUGGAUCAUAAUUAGUUGGUAAAUCAGAAUAAGCAUGUGCAAUCAAAUGCUUGUCUUGGGUUGCAUUUUCACAUGAAACCACCCAAGGUGCCUUUUAAGGGUCUCCAACAGUCACAGUAUUUAUUCCCAAAUCUAAUGCUGUGACCCAAAGGAGAUAAGGCUGUAGACCCUGAUGGACAUUUGAUGGGAACUGAAAUUCUCUUUGCACAAGACCUGCUUGAAACAGGGUAAUGAUAGCUGUAGUGUUUAAAAAAACACAGUAAUUAAAGGAUUCAUAACUAAUUGGACAGCCGGGUUCACAGUGAGGGAUGAUCCGUUACAGAAUUUCAUUCCAGUUCUGCUCUUAAUUAAUCGGCUUUUCUUUUUUGAUGCAAGAUCACCAAUAAAGUCACAAGCUACAUCUGCAGUCUGCACAUGUCUCCAUUUUGCUGCAGUCUGAUAUUGGAGUAAACCAGCAAUGAAAUGUCAUUGUCAAAGAAAGUAUAGCUUUUUCAAAAAAAGAAGCAAGUAUACACAUGAGCCUUCUCGGACUGGACAUGGACAGUAGUCUUCCUGGACUGAACUCCAGCCCUAAUGAAUGGGAGAUGCAUAUAUUCCACAAAGUUUGCACUACUUCUAACUCCAUAACUCUGCAGUCUGUAAAUAUUUGGACAGUGGUACAACUUCUGUCCUUUUGGCUGUACUCCAGCACAACAAAUUUAAACCAGUUUGAUCCCAAACAUAUACCAGUGCUGUCUUUCUUCUUAAUGAUGUUCCAAAUAGUUUCGGUAAGCUUAUUUUGUUGGGCCUAUGUCUCUGAUAUUAUUUUUAUCUCUGUUUUAUCUGUAGUCUCUGUUUUUUAUUUAUUUCUCAGACUCAUAACGGCUUCCUUGAGUAUCAUUGGCACAACUCUGCUCCUCAUGUUGAAAAACGCCAAUAACAGAAUCCAACAGCAAUCAAAAGCCUCUAAUCAAGACUAGAUACUGAAAGCUUUCUUAUACCUACAUGAAAGGAAACAAUUGAGUACACCUGACAAAUUAGAAACAGAUGAGACGCUAAUUGUGAAUUUACUUUUGGUCCCCUAAAAUGGCGGGCUCAAUUCUAAUGUGUUGUAGUACAGAGCCAAACAAACAGAAAUUGUACCACUGUCCAAAUACUUAUGGACUGCUAUGUAUAGCAAAAUAAUGGUUGAUCACUAGAACAAUCAAAAGCAAAAUCUGGCUACAAGCAUAACAUUUUUUAAUAGAUUAUUUUCAACUAUUCAAACUAAAGCCAUUUACUAUAAAAUUGGUUACUAAAUUCCAUGUGAAAUCAAUGAACUAAUAUGACCACCAACUGUGUAACCCUAACCAUGUCAACAAGACAAUAAGCAUUUAUAAGUUUGUUUUAAGUAAUUAACAAAUGCUGUGUAACUGGAAGAACAUUUAUUUAUUGAGGUUAUAUCUCUCUUCAUAAAAAGCCUUUUGUAAAGCCACUUUAAUUCAGUGGUUUAGGACAGGUGGACAACAGCUUGCAACAGAGAUUCCCACUGAGGUUUGCACUCUGGUUAAACCAUUUCUGACCUUGUAGUGUUAAUAGUAUGUAAGAAGGAGAGCCCCAAUUCCAUGCACACGUCUUACCUGAACCUCUCCUCUGACAUGCCUCUUUGGCUCAGUUGAUUUUGGCUGCAGGAGGAUAGAGAACAUGCCAGAAAGACCCAGGAACUGAAAAGGCAGAUGGUAACCAGACAGACAAGUCUAACAAUUAUGCUCAGAAAACCGAAUCAGGGACAGACAUUUUAAUCGAGGAUAGAGCUGGAAAUGAACAUUAGAUAUUAGAAGCAGAAAUCAAAGUCAGCGUCAAAGGGAAGAAUAUGAAAGGGAUCUGGAAGUAGAACAAUAAACUUAAAAGAUUUCAAUCUCAAACAAAGCCAGAAUGCAAAGCUAGAAAUUUAAACCAGAAACCAGAAUCAGAAACAGAAAUCAGAAUCAGAGCCAGAAACCAGAGUAUGAGAACGAAGCCAGAAUUUGAUCGAGAAACCCGGCCUUAAACAGGAUAUGCAAAAUAUAGAGAUGGAUUGAGAUUGGAAAUUUUCCCACAGAAAGGGCCUUUUUUGUGCUGUAUAUAUAAAUUGACUGAUUACAUUUUUAAAACAGACAUUGAAAUAUUGUUCCUUGCUGUAUUACUGUUCUUUAACUUUGAUCCCUUGGAAAAGUUCCAUGUCUGUUCUACCUCAGAUGUGAUCCACACCUCUUCAUGGAACAACACUUGUGUGUUUAUCUACAUUGUACUGCAUGAUUCUCUAUUUUUGUUGUAUAUUUCUUUACUCAAUAAAGAACAAUGUGCUCACACUGA